AACCAUGACAGUUGGCUUCAGGAAAACGAACAACAGUAAUUCAGCUGUUCUUGGCAAACUGAGUGGCCUCAAUAUAUGGAGCUACCCUGUCUCAAUCACUGAGAUUCUGAGCAUGUCAUAUGGCUGUGGAACUGAAGCAGGUGACUCCAAAUCCUGGGAAACAGUCAGGGAUAAGAUAAUUGGAGAAGUUGAGGUUAAAGACUCCAGAACAUGCAAAGACAGAAAAGCUAGCAGACUUGUGGCAGAAGGCAUUAGGGUCCACGUCAAUCAAAGCGCUCUUUUUAUGAGUCCUCUUUACGAUGCAUCGCGUGGUGGCCAGAGUCGAUGUCUCAGGUUUCGUUACAUGCUGCAAGGACCUGGGGAGAAAGCACUGACAGUUUACCGGAAGGCGAAAAAAUAUCGUGAAAUACCUAUUUGGAUCUCAAAAGGCAUCACCCGGGGGAACUGGGUUUAUGGCCAGGUUCAACUCAGCUCUAUUUCAGACUUUCAGGUGCUUAUAAAAGCGGAAAUGGGGAGUGGAGAAGACUUAAUAGCGUUGACAGGGCUGUACAUCGACGAGGGAAAAAAUUGCAGAGUGACGCCAUUGUCGGCGAAAAAAGCUUGCAGCGAGAACUUAAUCAACGAAACAGGAUAUUUCUUCUCUCCUUCAUAUCCUGGAAAUCCUCCAGAUGAUACUUUUUGCAAAUGGCACAUCACCGUCCAGAAAAACCACAUCAUUCGUUUGGAAUUCCAAGAGUUUUUACUCACGAACCACCCCACAUGCGAGAGAUGUUUCCUUCAAAUCUUUGAUGGACGUGAUUUAUCUGCGACCGCGAUAGGAAAAUUUUGCGGCUAUAUGCAUCCUCCAGUUGUCAUUUCUUCAUCAAGCCAUUUCACGAUUGUUUUCCGUUGUCUUGAGGGUUUGCGAAUGACAAGAUUCAAGGCCUUUUAUCAUUCUAUUAGAACUCAAUAUUGGGAAGGAUCGUCUUGUUCACUUCAUCGAGAGUGCCCAUCAAGCUGCGAGUGUAAGGAGUUUGGUGAAGUAUACGAUAAGAGGAUUCUGAUUAUUGGAGAAAAGUUGCUGGCUAUACCGAGUAAUCUUCCUCCAAAUACUGGAGCAGUGGUUUUUCGCCAAAAUCGGAUCUCGCAACUUCACGAGAAGGAAUUUUCAGACCUUACAAUACUCGAGUAUAUUGACCUUAGCUUCAAUAAUCUACUCCACUUAGAUGAAGAAUGUUUUCACAACGUAUCUUCUGUUACUACACUGUGA